CUUCAGCUGCUUUCCCUUGGGUGGGACUGAAUGAAGACAAAUGUAAAGAUGGCAUGUCCAAGGAAUUUUAAAAGGUGUAGACCUCCUGACUGAGCAGUGCUGUGUAUUUUAUUCUCUUUAAUUAGUAAACUGCUGUUCUAUCACAGGUGAAAGUCAUGAUCACGCUAACAGAACUCAAAUACUUAGCAGAUGCCCAGUCAUCCUACCACAUCCUAAAACCAUGGUGGGAUGUCUUCUGGUAUUACCUCACCAUGAUAAUGCUGCUAGUUGCUGUGCUCGCUGGGGCUCUUCAGCUUACUCAAACCAGAGUAUUGUGUUGUCUUCCUUGCAAGCUAGAAUUUGACAAUCAUUGUGCUGUGCCUUGGGAUUUAGUUAAAGCCAACCUUAACGUGUCAGCUAGCUCUACAGCACAGAUAAUCAUCCCGCUUAAAAUCCAGAAUGAUCUCCAUCGGCAGCAGUAUUCCUAUAUUGAUGCAGUAUGUUAUGAGAGACAGCUUCACUGGUUUGCCAAAUUUUUUCCAUACCUAGUGCUUCUGCAUACCUUUAUUUUUGCAGCUUGCAGUAAUUUCUGGCUUUACUAUCCUAGUACAAGUUCUAGGCUUGAGCACUUUGUUGCCAUUCUUCAGAAGUGUUUUGAUUCUCCAUGGACAACGCGUGCCCUCUCAGAAACGGUCGCCGAGCAGUCUGUGAGGAAGUUGCCAAUAGCCAAAUCAAAAGCAGUGAUUUCAUCACCUGGGAGUUCAGUAGAUAUAGGUGCCAGCAGACAGUCCCUGCCAUAUUCGCAACCUGGCUUGGAAACAACUGGAAGAGAAAAUUCCUCAAGUGUUCUUGACAAAAAGGAAGGAGAACAAGCUAAAGCUAUAUUUGAAAAAGUGAAGAAAUUCAGGGUUCACGUUGAAGAGAAGGAUGUCAUAUAUACAGUGUAUAUGAAACAGAUUAUAGUGAAAGUCAUUGUAUUUGUAAUAAUAAUAACUUAUGUCCCCUACUAUUUAUCAUUUAUUACACUUGAAAUUGAUUGCAUAGUUAAUGUUCAAGCCUUUACAGGCUACAAAAGGUAUCAGUGUGUUUAUUCGCUAGCAGAAAUUUUUAAAGUUUUGGCUUCAUUUUAUGUUGUUUUAGUGAUCUUCUAUGGCUUAACUUGUACUUAUAGCUUGUGGUGGAUGUUAAGAAGUUCACUUAAGCAAUAUUCUUUUGAGAAGUUGAGAGAGAAAAGUAAUUACAGUGAUAUACCUGAUGUAAAGAAUGACUUUGCAUUUAUUCUCCACUUGGCAGAUCAGUAUGAUCCUCUCUAUUCCCAACGAUUCUCAAUAUUCCUGUCUGAUUUGAGUGAAAACAAACUGAAACAGAUUAACCUUAACAAUGAAUGGUCUGUGGAAAAAGUGAAAAAUAAACUAGUAAGAAACUCCCAAGACAAGAUUGAACUUCACCUUUUCAUGUUAAAUGGUCUUCCAGACAGUGUCUUUGAACUGACAGAAAUAGAAGUCCUAAGCCUGGAACUUAUUCCUGAAGCCAAACUUCCUUCAGCUGUGACCCAGCUAGUCAAUCUCAAAGAACUCAAUGUUUAUCAUUCAUCACUAACUAUGGAUUAUCCAGCAGUCAGCUUUUUAGAAGAAAACCUGAAAACAUUGCGCCUGAAAUGUAGUGAGAUGGGAAGAAUUCCGUUUUGGGUCUUUCAUCUAAAAAACCUGCAAGAAUUGUGCUUAACAGGAUAUUUCAUGCUAGAUCAUCACAACUCCAUAUACAAUGAUAGCUUUCAGGGGCUGAAAAAUCUGAGAUCAAUUCACUUAAAAAACAACCUGUCACGUAUACCUCAAGUGGUUACAGAUCUUCUGCCUUCUUUACAACACUUGUCUAUCAACAAUGAGGGAAAUAAACUGAUAGUGCUAAAUAACCUGAAGAAGCUGGUAAACCUGAGAACCUUGGAAUUAAUCUGCUGUGAUUUAGAGCGCAUUCCCCAUUCUAUUUUUACCCUAAACAAUUUGCAUGAAAUUGACUUAAAAGAAAACAAUCUCAGAACUGUGGAAGAGAUAAUUAGUUUUCAACAUCUCAAGAACCUUUCUUGCUUAAAAUUGUGGCACAACAGUAUUUCAUAUGUCCCAGUGCAGAUUGGUGCAUUAUCGAACCUGGAACAAUUGUAUCUAAAUUAUAAUAAUAUUAAACAUGUUCCAUUGCAGCUGUUUCUUUGUAAAAAAUUACACUAUUUGGAUCUUAGCUAUAAUAAGCUAACCUCCAUCCCUGAAGAAAUCGGUUACCUGCCCAAUCUGCAGUACUUGGCUUUGACAAAAAACCACAUUGAAAUGCUGCCUGAUGGAUUAUUUCAGUGCAAAAAGCUGCAAUUUCUUCUCCUGGGGAAUAACAGCCUGAUGAAUUUGUCCCCUUGUGUGGGCCAGCUACUGAAUCUUGUUCAGUUAGAGCUCAUUGGGAACUAUCUGGAAUCUUCUGCUGAACUGGAAGAAUGUCAGUUCUUAAAGCGGAAUAGUCUAAUUGUGGAAGAAAGGUUGUUAAAAACACUUCCACCUCGUGUAAGAGAGCUUUUGCAGGCAUGCUCAGAUAAGUGCUAAGUUUAAAACAAAGCUCUGCUUCAUUGCAUCUUGUAAGCCUUUUGCUUAAUAUCUCUCUAAAGAGAGAAUUGAAGGAGAGUACUUUACAAAUCAGUUUUAAACUUAAAUGCUUUGAAUUGAGUUGGUUGUAUUGGAAAA